AUGCCUCGACAUAAACGCCAGCGGCCUUCCUGGCUUCCGAAUUGGGUACCGUACAAAGAUGGCAGAAUCCUAGGGCUUGCCAGGCAGACCAAUUUGGCUUGGAUAUCGGCAAUACUGGCCUUGUCAUUCUUUUCGAUGACAGUUUCGUAUGCGACAGAGAAGAGCAAGUUCACGAGUGUUAAAUUUGUUCACUCUUCCCGGUCAAACACCAUUCUAGUUCUUCGAGUGUUAUCCGAGAUAACGAGUGUUUUCCUCGGAGCAACCAUCUACUCGACAUUCGAGGUGGUCCAGUGGCUCCUAAUUUCAAGACCGGAUGGCAUUCGAUUUCCCCAGUUUCUCGCACUGCAGUCCAGCACGUCUCAACUCGGCCUUAUUUGUUUGGUAUUUGGGAGAGGUCUACCCGCUAAUCAAUGGCCAAUGAAGCCACGAGUGAUGAGCUUGAUACGACUCGUUGCGGAGGUGUCAAUCCCAGUGAUAGCAGUUUUGAUCAUGAUAACUCACUCACGGCUUCUAGGUAACGUGAAUACAUACCCGGCAUACAUUCCAAUAGCGAGCACGAUGCAGGAAUACGCGUUUGGUAUGCAGCCCUUCAACGCGAGCGUCGCCUCGCAACUCGGGGUCAUGGAAGAUCUACUUUUCAACAUCAAUUAUGUCACCUUUUUGAGCAAUCCUCUUCACUCAAUCGACCAGUCUCCUCACUCAGACGAUUGUAGCAGAGGGAUAGCCGUAUUCAGCAACCACAGCUGCACCCGUCGAGUUUUGAUGACCCAAGAAUACCAGAUGGUCGAUGCCAAUCUCCACCUCACCAAAGAUCAAGAUUCCGAGGUCGUUCUGUCGAAGAAUCAGCAAAUCUACGAACUAGAAUACCAUGACAAUAUCCAGGUCUCUGAUGAAAAUCUAGAAUGCAACAAAAUACACUCUGGCCCCGCUUACUACAAUAUAUGCACCCGAAACGCAGAUGAUGGAUGGGUACAAGCGGCUCUAAUAGCUUGCCCUGCGGACUUGGUCGUAAUCGGAAAAUGUGUGCAAGACCGGAGCUGGGAGUCUGAUGCAGGAUACACGACCUCUCUGCGACCCUCAUUUCUGAACGCCACGGUUUCUUACGACCGCCGUAUUGGCUCAAUCCUAGAUCACAAAGCUGAAUCAGAGCCCAUACCCACAUAUAUCGAUGCCUCCGACUUACUCAGAGCAAUGACAGUCAUCCUGAAUACCACAAUUCCUUCCCAAGUCGCCGCCGACUGGAAUCCCAUCCUUGGACCGCCGUCCCAUUUCUUCGGUCGCCUUAUCGCCGGGCAUAUGUACCGCAUCAGCAAGGUCAUGGAAAACACUCCCUCGGCGCGGGUCAAGGGUGUCAACGCUCUUCAAUCCAUCAUCGCCAUGUCACUAUUCUACUGCCAAAACGGGAUCCUCGCGCAAACUGUUCUUCCCUUUGCCCCCAACGCCAACACCACUACCACUACCACUACCACCAACGCAAGGCCGAAUUUCCACGAAGGCGCUUUCGAGGGACAAGAUAAAACAUCCCUUAUUGCGCUUGCAGAGACUCGGUAUCGAGUGCAAGUCGGGCGCGCGACAUUAUUCGCAUACGUUGUGCUUUCCGGUCUCGCGUUGACGAUUUGCAUCAUCGCAUUGGUAAUUGGGAGUAUUUGCGAAUUAAUCAAGUUCGAUGCGGAGCCGACGCUCUGGCCGGCGUUGGACUUCUGGACGCAGUGUAGAGUCGAGGAUAAGAAUGGCGCGUUGGUGCAGGCUCAGAAGAGGGCGGAUUUGGCGUGGACGCAGGGACAGGAUUUGUUUAAGGAGUUGGAGGGGCUGAAGGUUACGAGGCGGAAGAGGAAGACUAGAGAUGGGAUGGACUGGAGGGUGGAGAAUGACGCACCAGCUCAUGGAUUCCAAUUCUAA